AUGUCUGCCCGCCCGCUCCCGCCCUUCCUGCCGGACAGCGUUGAGUCAUUCCGCGACCAUGCCCCGGAACACCUAGACGACUGGUUCGAGUACUUCCGGAACGUUUAUACCUACGCCGAGAGCGCCCAGAACCGCAUAUCUCAGCUAGAGAAUGAGGCCCAGAACACGAAGGAUAAACACCAAGGACUCGAGCAAUCCAUGCAACAAAUCACCGCUGAACGUAACUUCGCUCGAGCCCAGCUCGAGUACACCGAACAACAACAUGAGAAGGCCCUGAAGAGGAAGGAUGAUGACAUCUUUGAGGCCCGCCUCGCUGAACGCCGCGCCCUCGACGCCACCCGACCUACUGUACCUACUGUCCAUAAACCCCUUGAGACUAGCGCCCCCGCUGAGCUUCGUAUAGCGACUCCUGUGGGAACGACUCCUCCGCCUUCUUCCCGAUCUGCCGAAUCAACCGGUCUUACCGAACGAUUACCCGACCCUGACAAGUUUGAAGGCGACCGGACCGACCUGCGCCGCUUCGUCUCCCAGAUACACUCGAAACUAAAAGCUAAUCACGAUCGAUUCCCGACACGCCUUGCCCGAAUGUCCUAUGUAACUGGCCGUCUUAAGGGACGCGCCUAUGCCCAAGUCUUACCGCAUAUUAAAGCCGGAGAAUGCCAACUCCCUGAUUACCAGGAUAUUAUUAAUCUACUGGAACGCGCUUUUGGAGACCCGAACCGCAUUAAUAAUGCCCGCGCCGAACUGUUCCGCCUCCGCCAGACUCACAAGGAUUUUAGCACCUUCUUCGCCGAGUUCCAACGCCUUGCACUGGAAGGAGAAAUGUCAGAAGAGGCCCUGCCUACCCUGUUAGAGCAAGCCGUUUCCCGAGAGCUACGCGGAAUGCUGGUACACAACCCACCGUCUACCCGCGCCACGAAAGACGAAUAUGCCUCUGAAGGAACACCCCCUGACGCCCAGGAAGAAAUCCCCGUCGCCCCGAAGGGGAAGAAGCCCUGA